GGCACCGAGAUCGGGCAGGUAAGAACCGGGAUCCCCCCCCCGGUCCCCCCAACCGCACAUUUCCCAUCUCAGCAGAGACGUGACGAGGCGUCAGGAGUUGCAGGUGCACGAACGGCAGCAGGAUUUCCAGAGCGGCUGCUCCGACUCAUGUGUGCUGAUACGGGCUGUGAUUCAGAUGUUCAGAGUAAAGUGCUGGAGGACGGACGGACGGACGGACGGGACCACAGCCGGAAUGUCAUGAAUGAAGUCUACUGUACGUGUGAGGGGGCGACGGUCCCUCUCAACAACAACCGGAUUGUUCUAAGACCUUUUCCCACAUGUGCACUCUCAUGUGGAGAGAAACCAGCGUCAGAGAGUCUUGAUCCCAGAAGCUGCUCGGCUUCAUAACCUCCCAGCCAGAAGUGCGUAUUGCUGAUCCGUCCGAGCAGACGUGUAAUACAAUACUUCCUGCUUUCUGAAUUAUAGAUGGGGAAGACACACUCAUUGACUUUUAUGUACUGGCUCUUCUAUUGGUCGGCUCUCUUUCCUCGCAGCAUCAGCUCUUCUGUUGGGAAACUCACUCGCAGCAUCCUCGGCCCUCGGACCUGUUCUCUGCUUCCUACUUUUAGGAUCCCCUCAAUCUUUCCAGCGAAUCCAGGAGUGUGGAUGUCUCAUCUGUGCAGGUGAUGCGAUGGGGAACGGCUCGAUGAAAUCAAAGCGCUACAAGCCCGGCGAAGGAUCUGGUUCUGCCUCCAAUGGCCGAGCCCACAAGGAACAGCGAGGCGGCUCCAGAAACGGGUCCCUGGACCCCCUGCGGGCCCGGGUGGAGGAGCUGGAGCGGGAGGGCAAGAGGAAGGACGAGGAGCUCUGCGUCAAAGAGCAGCAGAUCCGAGGUCUCCAGGAGCAGCUGGUCCGACAGACGAGGGCGGUGUCCGAGCUGAGUGAGGAGCUGCAGGCCAAGUGCAUCCAGCUCAACAGGCUGCAGGACGCCGUGAGGAGUGGGGGCCCGGCGGGACCCGCCUCGCAGGCCAAGAGAAGCCCCAACCUCAGUGUUCGCAUCAAGGAAACGCUCAACAGGAGGAGAGGGGCCAAAGCCGGGGUGUCAGCGGAGCCCACGUCCAGGACCUACGACUCCAGCGGGCUGCCCAAGUUCUCCUUCGAGAAAGCUCGGGUGUCCAAAGAUGCAAGUGUAAAGAAGCUGCUGACGGACGCCCUGAACAAGAACCAGUACCUGAAACGGUUGGAGCUGCAGCAGAUCAAAGACAUGGUGGAGUGCAUGUACGAGUGUGCCUACCAGCAGGGAGAGUACGUCAUCAAGCAGGGGGAACCAGGGAACCAUCUGUUCGUCCUGGCAGAUGGGAGGCUGGAAGUGUUUCAGCAUAACAAACUGCUCACGACGAUAUCGGUGUGGACCACAUUUGGGGAGUUGGCCAUUCUGUACAACUGUACGAGGACGGCAUCAGUGCGAGCCGUCAACAGGGUGCGGACCUGGGCUUUGGACCGGGAGGCCUUCCAGAACAUCAUGAGGAGGACGGCUGAGACGCGACAUGAGCAGUACCGCAACUUCCUCCGGAGUGUUUCGCUGUUGGCUAAUCUACCAGAGGACAAGCUGAGCAAAAUAGUGGACUGCCUCGAGGUGGAAUACUACGACAAGGGAGAGUACGUCAUCCGGGAGGGAGAGGAGGGAAGCACCUUCUACAUUAUCGCGCAGGGAAAGGUGACGGUGACCCAGACCACCGCGGCGCACCAGUCGCCUCAGAUCAUCAACACACUGCAGAAGGGAGACUACUUCGGCGAAAAAGCCCUUAUAAGUGACGACGUCAGGUCGGCCAAUAUCAUCGCUGACGAGGACGGCGUGGAGUGCCUGGUCAUCGACAGAGAGACGUUUGACCAGACCGUCGGUAAUUUCAACGAGCUGCAGAGGCACCUCCAAGGCUACGUGGCGUCGCUGGACCGGGAUGAUAAGAAGAGACACGCUAAGAAGUCAGUGUCGCGGCACCAGAGUCAGACGCUGUCUCCCGACGUCAUCCGGCUGAAGGACAUGGUGUCGGCGUUCCCGCCGUCCAGGCCCUUCGAUCACCUCGAUGUCGUCGCCACUCUCGGGGUCGGUGGGUUUGGACGCGUGGAACUGGUCAAGGUGAAGGGCAGGGACACGACCUUCGCGCUGAAGGUCAUCAAGAAGAAGCACGUGGUGGAGAACCGGCAGGAGGAACACAUCCACUCGGAGCGGAGGAUCCUCACCGAGGCUCGAUCGCCGUUCAUCGUCAAAUUGUAUCGCACCUUCAGGGAUAACAAGUACGUGUACAUGCUGCUGGAGGCCUGUCUGGGUGGAGAGAUCUGGAGUCUGCUCAGAGACAGGGGGAGCUUCGAUGAGCCCACCGCCAAGUUCUGCGUCGGCUGCGUGACCGAAGCGUUUGAAUACCUCCAUCGCAAAGGUGUCCUCUACAGAGACCUGAAGCCUGAAAAUCUCCUGCUGGACACGGAUGGAUACAUCAAACUGGUGGACUUUGGUUUUGCCAAGAAGAUCCGAUGCGGCCAGAAGACUUGGACCUUCUGCGGCACGCCAGAGUACGUGGCCCCAGAGAUCAUCCUCAACAAAGGCCACAACUUCAGUGUGGACUUCUGGGCUUUGGGCAUCCUGGUGUUUGAGCUUCUCACCGGCAGCCCUCCGUUCUCAGGGAGCGACCAGAUGAUGACUUACACGUUCAUCUUGAAGGGCAUAGAAAAGAUGGACUUCCCAAAGAAGAUCACCAAGAGACCCGAGGACCUCAUACGCAAACUGUGCAGGCGGAACCCAUCAGAGCGACUGGGAAACCUCAAAAAUGGGAUAACUGAUAUCAAGAAGCACAGGUGGUUUAACGGCUUCAACUGGGAGGGGCUGAAGGCCAGGACGAUACCGUCUCCACUGAAGCGAGACGUCACAGGACCGACCGAUCACAGUUAUUUUGACAGUUACCCUCCAGACGAGGACAGUCCUCCUGACGAGCUGUCCGGCUGGGACGUGGACUUUUGAGAACUUCUUCUCUGUCUCGCUGUUAUUUACCUACAUUUCAGAUGUUAAUGGCAAAAAAAAAAUCUAUGCGCCUAUGAUGAUGGGUAGAACAUAAAAACCUAUCAAAGAACUCUCCUCUGAAACCACCCCCCCCCUCCAUCACUGCUGUGACCGGUACGCUGGACACAGAGAAAUAAAGUGGGUGCAGUCGGGGGGUUAUGUGCAGGCAUUAAAGCUGACAUCCAUUAUAAGACGUUACUGUGGUCCUCCCUGUCGUAGUAGGGCAGAUGGGAGGUCACUAGAGGACGUUAGCAGAGGUCUUAGUGCCGCUUCCAACACUUCACCUUCACGCAUAAACCAACCCAGCAGAGGACAACGUGGAGGGAAUGUUGGAGGUGAUGCUCGCAGCGGGAAACAAAACCAUCCAAGUUGCUGCAUGUGGCUCGCCAAGCAGCCUCCAACGCAGACGGAGAUCCUCUAAUGACCACUAGGGGGCCGGUUCCACAAAUGGAUGAAUCCCCGUUGACCCACAUGUUAAUGUUUACUACUUAUUCUUGACUAUUUGAAUGAUGGCUAUGGGAAAGGAGGAAGGGUAGAGAGAAUGGAGGGAUGUUAGAAAUUAAAAACAGCUAGAGGAUGAAUUAUUGAUAAUUAAAAUGCUCCAUCAGCAGGUCCCACGAUUGCUCAAACACUUUUUUUUUUUCACUCAGGAGAUUUAGCUUGGCGUUUCUUCUUUCCAUAUGAAAAGGUUAAUUUUGUGCAAAACACACAAGGAAAAGACAAACUUUUUUUUUUGUUUCCAUCCAGAUCGUAGUACAAGCAGCCAGAAGUUCGGCACGUCCUGUCGGCCCUACGAGGUGUAGCACAGACAACGGCACGUCUUUGAGCCGCAGUUGGAGAAGCACAAAAAAAAACAAACCCACAAUUUUGAUAUAAAGAGGCUUCUCUCUCGCUCUGCUGUUAUCCGACAUUACCUUUCACAUUUCCUGCCAAACCUCAAAUCCCCCCCAGACUUCAGAGCAGGAGUUCUCGUUCAACAACCUUUCAGAAGGGGAAAGACUUUCCACGACGUUGUCGACACUCGCGCUACAAAUCCAAGCCUGUCAUUUCAAAAUAAAAGGCCCCUUCGGCCGACCCGAGUCAUUACGGUGCAGCUGCUUGGCGGUAACUGAUCACGGCGUAUCGAUAUGAUUCAAUAACACAAAGAUCUUCGUUUGUAUCAAUCAAGAAUAUAAACAAAUGGAUUUUUGUGCUUUCCCAAGAAACCUGUGAUGCACGCACGCACGCACGCACGCACGCACGCACGCACGCACGCACGCACGCACGCACGCACGCACGCACGCACGCACGCACGCACGCACGCACGCACGCACGCACGCACGCACGCACGCACGCACGCACGCACGCACACACACUCUCUUUCAACGACAAAGUGAGGAAACGUCAACAUGUAACUUAAGAAGCUUCAUCUCUGCUGCAGUUUCAAAGCUGUUAUUGAUUACCGCUUCAGCUCCGCUGAGCCUCCGGGAUAGUUGCUCAGGAAUAAAAAUUAAAAGUGGGCCGGGGACUUCGUCUCUGCUCCGGUGGCGAGCGAGUCUUGAAACGGAUCAGUGUUCCCAGUAUUAUUCCUUUACAUUCCUUCAAUCAGCUCGCAUAUUAAUCUUUUACAGAUAUUUUCACACAAUUUUCUUCACGUUGACUCCAGAUGUGUGUGGGGCUUCUUUUUUUUGUGAAGAAAUCAGUGAAGCAGCUGCAAACGCUUUCUUUCUUACAUCUGAGCGAAUUAGUGAUUAAACAUGGAGUUUGUGUUUGGCUCCAGGUGGGCGAAGUUGUGAAAUCUGCUGCAAGGUGAUUCUGGACAGCGUGGAUGUGGAU